CUGCUGUAUUUCUUCGACUUCGUUCACCUCCAUUCACACAGUAAAUAAAAGCAUGGAGGCUCUGGCUCUCGGGAUCUAACGCUCGAACAGCGGGGGGUAACGACGCCGCCGCAUGCGCUCUCCCUUACACCGAAACACGCACGGGAAGGACGCUUCUCCGGUUGGACCGAACUCGUUUUUACGUGGAAGAGAGAGGAUUGUGGCCGGAGACGGGAGCGGGGCAGCCCGCCGCGCCGAGCAUGAAGCGGACGGCUGUAGUGGCCAGGCACAAUGGCCUCGUUUCUCCGCUGGGGAACAACAACUCCGGGGCUUCGAGCAUCGUCUCGCCGCCGCAGCCGAGACCCACGGGGAUCUCCGCUUGCGCCGACGGGGGUGCCGGCGUCGUCGGGAUGGACGGCCUCCUGGAUUUCUCCAAAGGCCCCACCGUCAAAACCGAGCUGGUCUGCAAAUGGAUCGACCGAACUUCUCCGAGACAGAUGCUCGGGCGCACGGCGACGUCCGUCUGCGACCAAACUUUCGGCUCCAUGCACGAGCUGGUGGACCACGUCACCACCGAGCAUGUAGCGGCGGGGCUCGAGAGCCUCAGUCACGUCUGCAUGUGGGACGAGUGCCUGCGCGCCGGGAAGGCGUUCAAAGCCAAAUACAAACUCAUCAACCACAUCCGCGUGCACACCGGGGAGAAGCCUUUUGCGUGCGCGUUUCCCAACUGCUGCAAGAUGUUCGCACGCUCCGAGAACCUCAAGAUCCACACGCGCACGCACACCGGUGAGAAGCCGUUCCAGUGCGAGUUCUGCGAGCGACGCUUCGCCAACAGCAGCGACCGGAAGAAGCACUCACAGGUCCACACGGCCUCCAAGCCCUACGACUGCAAGGCCCUGGGCUGCACCAAGUCCUACACCCACCCCAGCUCCCUGCGCAAACACAUGAAGGUCCACGUCAAGUCGUCGCCUCCCUGCGAACGCCGGGACGCGUACGACUCCAUCGCUCAUCAACUCCAACAACCUCAUCAGGGUCUGCUGGAGCCCCUUGACCUUAAAAUGAACCGCCACUCUCCGUCACUCGCCAAUGGAAACAUUCAUUUCCCCCUGCUGUCCAGCCACGCGUUGGACAUCGGCUCAGCCGGCGAGGCCGACCACAAGCUGCUUCUGCGGAGUUCGUCUCCGAUGGCGAUGCCCCUGGAUCUCUCUCUGUCAGGCCUGAAGAGUCAGCUGGCCCAGAAGCAGCAGAGUGGGAGGAGCCGGCGGAGGAGCCAGCGCUCAGUCAACCCAGCCUUACCUCAGUUGUCUAACAUUAAGGAGUGGUAUGUCUGUACCAGGAGUACGGCGCCACACUUUCCUCUUCUUCACCCAGACCACAUCAAAUCAGAACCUAGUGAUGACGAGGACUACGUCACGUAGGAUGGAGGGACUGGGGAACCUGGACUUGAAGAACAUGUGUUGUCCGACCCCGGUCGGGCCAGGGAUGCUCUGGGGAAUCAUAGUUGCUGUAACUUUUCCAGAACCAGCAGAGUUGUGGUUCAACAUCCGUGGCCCUUCUGAGAUGGAGAAGGCUGUGAUCAGAUGGAGACUUUUUUUUUCUUUUUUUUACUCUGUGUCUAAUAGAAUCAUCACUAUCUGUGGACCAAAAACCAGUGGCUCAAAUGUUGCCCUCAUAAUGGUUUGACCAAUCAGUGUCAGCUAGCUAACCUGGACUAACAAAGGGGGUACCGUUGUACAAAUGGACCGGGGGGGUGUGUGUUGGGUUCUGCUCUGCUUGCUGUUUCAAGAAUAUGAAGAGGGUGUGUGUGUGUGUGAGUGUGUGUGUGUGUGUACCUGAUGACCUCUCUAGGGAGUUUAUCUCAGAGCUCCACCUAAAUGAAGCAAUUUCAAGGGCUACAUUGACACUGAUGGAAAGUGGUUCAUGCUACCCUGAGCUCAGGUGCACGGCGUGGACGUGAGCGUGCGCCUGUCACGGCCUCAGUAUGUUUUUAACAAACGAGUUUGUUCGAAGUCCAGAUAGUUGCAGAAAAAACAGCCGAUUCUGCUGUCGAAAAGAGAUCCGACAAACACUUUGUUUGAAGCAAACUGAGGUCUUUUCUUACAAACCGUUGGCAGUAACUUGUUUGAUGUGAUCUAAUCCAACCCAGUAGCCAGCGGUGAAGCUGCCGUUUGAAGACAGUGGGGCCGAUCCUCCUCUGGAGUGAGCAUCAAGUGUCUCCUCGUCCUCUUCAACCCCAUGGACCUCUCCUCAGUGGGUGAACCACCUGUAUCUGUUUACACUCCAUGUGCAAUUUAGUGAAGCGCCCAAGAGGACCCCAUACAUGUCCUACACAUCUUUUCUUUAACAUGAAACCGUGUAUUAAAACGAUGCACAAGGCAUCCAGUAUUUUUUUUGUUGAAGAAAUUGACUCAAUGUAUUGCGUCAUUGAAUCGAGGAAACACGCAGAAUGUAUUGUGUCACAGCUUGGACAACAUGUGUUCAUCUCUGUUUGAAGUUACUGCAUUGAGGACCAUUCAAACGGUGAAUG